AUGUAAUGCAACAUCGGCUGUUAGUUAUUUAAACUUUUUCAAAGCAGAAUUUUAUAUUAAGAAAAAGAGUCUAUUAAACAAUUAAGUUUACAGGAAUGUGAAUUAGAAUUAUGGAAUCUAAAAGAAAAGCGGUAAUCUUUGAAAAAAAGGAGGUCACUAGCGUAAAUAAUUAAGGUGUUGGUAAAUAAAAAAAAAAUAAAAGUAUAGAAUAACCUAAAAUUAUACGGGAAACAUAGGAGUUUUAGGAGCCAUAGGUCAAGAUGGUUUCAUUGCUUAUCAAGUUGUUCGAGGAAAUGUAAAUUCUAAUCUUUAUGCUUAACACUUAUUAGAAUUAAUAAAGAUUUCAAAAAUGCAUUAUCUGGAUUGUAACUUCCUUGUAAUAUUGGAAAUAGUCCCAUCCAUAAAAGUAAGAAAAUAAAAUCCCUUUUGGGAGCUGUUUCAUACUUGUUUUUGCCACCUUACUCACCAUAACUAAACCCAAGAGAAAGUAUGGAAUAGUUUCAAAAAAUAUUUUAAUAAAUAAAUUUUUCAAUAAUCAGAAAAAAUAUGACAUAGAUAAUAAUAUAUAUUCAAUGA